AUGCCUUCUGUCGUAGAGAGAUUCUGUAGUCGGCUGACUCCGGCUUCCGUUCCCGUCGGAAUAGUGUCACUGUGGGCAUUAUAUGUGGUCACUUCCGUGAUUUACAACCUAUUCUUUCAUCCAUUGAGAAGGUAUCCGGGCCCAAAGCUCUGGGCUGCUUUCCAAUUCCCAUUCUCCCUGGCCUGGUUAUCUGGACGCGGACACAGAAUCAUACUCGAUCUGCACCUCAAGUACGGAGACAUUGUCCGCAUCGCCCCGAAUGAACUCUCGUGCGGCUACCCAGAGGCAUGGGAAGACAUCUGCGGCCACCGGAAGAAGGGCGAGGACGAGAACGGGAAGGACCCGGCCUUCUGGAGAGGUGAUGUCCUGACCAUUGUCGGCUCUGACCGAGAGCGACACGCUCGCCUGCGAAAGAUUGUGGCACAUGGCUUUUCCGCGCAGUCUAUGCUGGACCAGCAGCAUGUCUUUACGCACUAUGUGGACCUCAUGAUGGACAGGCUCCAUACAGCAACGGCCAAGGGCGAGCCCCAGGACAUGACGUCCUGGUACAACUGGGCGACAUUCGACAUGAUCGGCGACCUGACUUUCGGCGAACCGUUUGGUUGUUUGGACAAGGCCCAGCAUCACCCAUGGCCCAGAUUGAUCUUUCAACACAUCAAGGGGAUCGCCAUCGCGACGUCUCUGAUCAGGUACCCAUUUGCUAAUAAGCUUAUUGCACAGCUGACACCCAGGUCUGUGGCCAAGGACAUAGCGGGCCACUGGGAGUUCACUAAGACGCAAGUGGCCAAGCGUAUGGCUUACAAGGAUGCACGGCCAGAUUUUAUGAUGUCCAUCAUAAACGCCCACGAAAAGAAGGCAAGUUAUCUUGUGAACAUCUCGCACGAGGAGAUCGUCGCCAAUGCCAACAACCUCGUGGUCGGCGGGUCCGAAACGACGGCGACCACGCUAUCGGGGGCGACAUACCUGCUGGUAACGAACAGGCCGGUCUUGGACAAGAUCUACGCCGAGCUGAAGGCCAGUUUCACGCACCAAGACGAGAUCAACCUCAUCAGCGUCCAGAAGCUAGACUACAUGCUGGCGGCGCUUAAAGAGUGCCUGCGCAUGUACCCGGCGGUGGCGUCGGCCAUACCGCGCGUCUCGCCGCCCGGGGGCUCGACCACCAUUCUUCAGAUAUGGCAAUGGCCAAUGUACCAUAACCCCCGACUGUUCAAGGAUCCCGAAGUCCUGGUCCCCGAGAGGUGGCUCGGUGACCCGAGGUACGACAGCGACAAGAGGGACGCCGUGCAGCCAUUCUCCGUCGGUCCCCGCAACUGCGUGGGCAAGAACCUCGCCUACGCCGAAAUGCGCCUUAUCUUGGCAAAGAUGAUUUGGAACUUUGACUUUCAACUUGACCCUUCCAGUGAGGGGUGGAUGGAUAGGAACCUUCUCUACUUCCUCUGGGAAAAGCCGCCACUGUAUAUCCGUUUGGUGCCUAGGGAUACUGAGGGAGAAAAGGGGGCUGCAGCCAUUAAGUGA